CUCAAUUCCAAAACACCCAAAAUAUAUUAUCCUUCUUAUUUCUCUCAAAGCCUGAGCAAACAUGGUACUCUUCUUUCUCAUUUUCUUCCUCUUCCUUUCUCUACCUAAUUCAUCUCUCUCUUCUUUUUCUUUUAAUUCAUCUACGCCUCUUUGCCUUUCCGACCAAAGCUCUGCUUUGCUCCAUUUCAGAAACUCUUUUUCUAUCGGUGUUUCUCGUUGUGACGAUUAUUAUUAUCCGAAGAAGAAUUCGUGGAAAAUGGGUACAGAUUGUUGUGGGUGGGAUGGGGUCACCUGUGAUACGAUGACUGGUCAUGUUAUUGGUGUCGACCUCAGUUGCAGUCGGCUUUAUGGUCCCAUCCAUCCCAAUAGCACCCUUUUCUCUCUUCGCCAUCUCCAGAGGCUCAACCUUGCUUACAACGAUUUCCAUGGCUCCACAAUUUCAUCUAAAUUUGGUGGCUUUGCAAACAUGACGCAUCUCAACCUCACUGGCUACUCCGUGGCGGGCUCCUCCGUUUCUAUCCCCUACAUUACUGGCUUCUCCGUUCCUGGUUCCUCCUUUGCUGGUAAUGUCCCUUCCGAAAUCUCCCACUUAUCCAAACUGGUUUCACUUGAUCUCUCUUCGAAUAUUGACAUGAGAAUAGAAACGCCUAAUUUGAAAAGUCUUAUUCAAAACCUAACCCAUCUAACUGAACUUGUUUUAUAUGGGAUUGAUAUGUCUUCUGUUUCAACUAAUUGUCUCACGAAUUUGUCGUCUUCUUUAACAUCUCUUCGUCUUAGUCAUUGCCAAUUGAAAGGGAAAUUUCCAGAAAAUAUAUUCCACCUUCCAAACCUCCAGAUACUCCGUGUAGGUUACAACUACAAUCUCACCGGUUCCCUUCCAACAUAUAACUGGAGUACUCCUCUCAAGUCCUUGUCUCUAUCUGAAACCGAAUUCCCAAUUGACUUACCUAAUUUAAUCAGCAAUCUCAAGUCCUUAAAACAGUUGUCUGUUGGUGGAUGCAAUUUCAUAGGUUCAUCGUAUCCAACAUUUCUUUCAAAUCUCACACAGAUAACUUAUUUGGGCCUUUCAUAUAGUAACUUUGGUGGUCAGUGUCCAUGGUCCCUCCUAAACAUUACAGGACUUACUUACUUGGAUCUCUCAUACAACAAUUUCAUAGGCCAACUGCCGGACUUCUCUUCAAAUAAUUCAUCUAAUAGUCAACUAGUCAACAAGAUUCCUUCCAAUCUAGAAUCUCUUUUAUUAUCUGGUAACUUAUUGAAUGGGACAAUACCAUCUUGGGUGUAUACAAUACCAUCUUUGCUUUACUUACAUCUUGAUCAUAACCAAUUCACUGGGCAUAUUGGUGAAUUCCAGCAUAAAUCAUUAGUUUCUCUAAAUGUUUCCUUCAAUAAUUUUAGUGGCAAUGUGGAGUCAAAAAUAUUCUCAAAGCUCAAAAGUCUUCAAUCUCUUGAUAUGUCAAAUAAUCCUCACCUAUCACUACACUCCUUCACAUCCGCCACCAAUAUUUUGUCCAAAAUUCACUCAUUAAAAUUGUCUUCUUCCAACAUAACCGAAAUUCCACAGUUUUUACGAACUGCAGAAUAUAUAGAAUACUUAGACCUUUCCAACAACCAUAUCAAAGGCAAUAUUCCAUCCUGGGUAAUGGAGCUGGGGAAGGAUUCAUUGUUUUGCUUUUCACUCUCAAGGAAUAAUUUAACUGGACACAUCCCUUCCUUGAUUUGCAAUCUCAGUUCCCUCAAAUUCCUUGAUUUCUCUUAUAAUCACUUGAAUAACAUGAUUCCUCCAUGUUUGGGAAAGUUAAGUGAUAAUCUCAAUGACUUGAAUUUACAAAGGAACAAUCUUAAUGGCACUGUCCCAGCAACAUUUGCAAAGGGAUGUCAAUUGAGAAGUCUGAAACUCAAUGGCAACCAAUUGGAAGGGGCAUUGCCACAAUCAUUGGUCCAUUGUAGAAAGUUGGAAGUUCUGGAUUUUGGUAACAACAAGAUUAGUGGAACCUUUCCUUGUUGGUUGGAAAGUCUUUCAGAGUUGUGCGUUCUUGUCUUGCGAUCAAACAACUUUCAUGGUGCCAUAGGCAAUCCCAAGACCAAAUUCCCGUUCCCUAAUUUGCGAAUCAUAGACCUCUCUCACAACAAGUUCCAUGGUCUUUUGCCAACAAAAUUUUUCAUGUAUUUAAAAGCCAUGAUGAAUGUGAGUGUAGACAAAGGUGAAUUGAAAUAUAUGGGUGAUUAUUAUUAUCAAGAUUCUGUGACAGUGGUGAUGAAAGGGCUUUCCAUUGAAUUGGUAAAAAUCCAAAGUCUAUUCACAACCAUUGAUUUUUCCAACAAUAAUUUCAAAGGAGAAAUUCCAAAGGCAAUUGUAGAGCUUCGGUCACUGAAGGGGCUUAAUUUUUCACACAAUAAUCUUUCAGGUCAUGUACCUCCAUCGUUGGGAAAUUUAACCAAUCUUGAAUGGCUAGAUCUCUCCUCAAACAAGCUCACAGGUGAAAUUCCUAUACAAUUGGCAGAUCUGACAAUGCUAGCAUUUUUAAACCUAUCAGAAAAUUAUCUUUUUGGACAUAUACCCCAAGGUAAACAAUUCAAUACCUUUAUGAAUGAUUCUUACUAUGGGAACCUUGGGUUAUGUGGAUUUCCAAUGACAAAAGCUUGUGGCAAUGAUGAGGGACAACAACCAUCGCCAUCAUCAACCAUUCAAGAAGAUGAUUUCGAAUUUGAAAAUGGGUUUCAUUGGAAAGUUGUAUUGUUGGGGUAUGGCUGUGGAUUCAUGUUUGGAUUGGGUUUGGGUUAUCUUGUGUUCUCAAGUGGAAAACCGAAAUGGCUAGUGAAUAUUGUUUAUGGAGGAAGACAUAACAAGUUACAAAGAUCCUAGGAGAAUGCUCGUGGACGAACUCAUUGAAGAAGAAUUUAGUGGAUACAAAUACUGAUUCUAGGCUGGUGGCCCUUUCUAUCUCUCUAACAGGAUGGAGGGACAGCAUUCAUUCAUAGUUUAGAUCACUGGCCGACAUUCCAUGACCACGUGAUGAUAAAAAAUUCGUUGUGGUGCUUCGAUCCUUUUUGAUGACAACAAUUGUAAUAAAAACCAUUUCAGACCUUGAGGGUUUCAAUAAAAUUGAUUUCAUCAAGGAGGAGCUUGAAAAGGCUUGUCCAGGGGUAGUUUCAUACGUUGAUAUUGUUUCUAUUGCCACAAGAGAUGGCAUUAUGUUGGUCUAAAAUUUCAAAAAAUUCAAAAAAAAAAAGGAAGAAGAAGAAAGAAAGAAAAGAGAAAUACUUUUCUUAUUCCAAAUUCUGUUAAACUGACUGUAAAGAACAACUCUUGGAAAGUUUGAUGAUGUGCUUGGGCCCAGAUGCCACUGUUUGCCUUGGGUUUUGGGACAGUAGUUAGCUGGCCACCUCAUUGUGCGUGCAGCAGCUGGAUGUUUGAUGUGAAACAAAGACAAAAGUUAUUAAGUGUUCCGAAGUUGGUGUUGGAUUCUAUUUUUGAACAAAAGAAUGAGAUUGUGAUAGCCGUGGAAGAGGAACUUGAAAGGCCAUGUCAGCUUAUGGAUUUGAGAUUGUUCAAACGCUCAUUGUGGACACUGAACAUGAUGAACAUGUGAAGAAGGCUAUAAGCGAGGUAAAUGCGGGCUUGUGGCCCCUUUCUAUCCAGUGUUAACAGGCCGAGCAUUCCUUCAUACCUCAACAAAGCACUGCCUAAGAUUCCAUGACCGGAUGAUUAUAUUAUACAGACACUUUACCUUUUUGGCAUUAGAGGUUUUGAUGAAAGAGAAAUAGUCUAUCUUUUAGGUGCACACAAAAUUGGGAAGAUUGGCUGUGAGUUCAUACACAAACACCUUUAUGACUGCAAGGGUACAGGGCAGCCUGACCCAACCAUAGCUUCUGAUUUCCUCACUUACAUGAGAAUGAGGUGCCAAGACAGUAAUAGGACCACCACUCAGCCUUCUUCUUAACCCAUGUAAUCAUUGGAAAUGAGUGAGUCUGCAUGAAUUCACAGCCAGUCAUUAGAAAGGGGAGAAGACCCCUUUUUGCUGAUCAGCAAUAGCUAGCUAAUGAGAAGACCACAAGACUGGUAAGGGCCUAUGCUUCAGAUGACAGAUCAACCAACCGCAAGACUGGACUUUGCAUGGGCAAUGAUGAAGAUGCCAGUGCUUAAUGUUUUGGCUGGAUCUCAAGGCUGGUGGCUAACGUGAUGGAGGGAUAGCAUUCAUUCAUAAUUUAGAUCACUGGCUGACAUUCCAUGACUAGAUGAUGAUAAAAAAUUGGCUGUGGUGCUUUGGUCCUUUUUGAUGACAACAAUUGUAACAAAAACCAUUUCAAACCUUGAGGGUUUUCAAUAAGAUUGAUUUCAUCAAGGGGGAGCUUGAAAAGGCUUGUCCAAGGGUAGUUUCAUGUGCUGAUAUUGUUUCUAUUGCCAUAAGAGAUGGCAUUAUGCUGGCUAGACAGCAUUCUUUCAUAUUUCAACAGACACCUAAUCUUAGGCGCCUUGGCCUCUUUGAUUUCAGCAUUCCACGUUUGCAGCUUCAUCUUCUUCAAAUGAUCUUAUUUCUUUCUCUUUCUCUUCUCCCAAAUCAACAAAAAAAGGAAAUUUACUGAAAGGUACCCAGGGGCAGUGACAACACUGGCCCAAGAUUCCACGACUGGAUGAUAACAUAAUACAGACACUUCACCUUUUUGCCCAUAGAGGUUUUGAUGAAAGAGAAAUAGUCAGUCUUCUAGCUACUUACUAGCUCUCUGCUUUUCUUUCUUUUUCCCCCUUGUCUUAUGGAGUUGAAAAGGUUUAAAAAGUUAUUUGGUUUGUAUUGGUUUCUUGAUCAUCUGAAGGUGAACACAACAUUGGGAAGAUUGACUGUGAAUUCAUACAGAAACGCCUCUCUGGCUUCAAGGAGACCAGGCAGCCUGAUCCAACUAUAUCUCCUGAUUUCCUCAUUGAGAUGAAAAAGAGUUGCCAAGACAGUAAUAGGACCACCACCCAGCCUUCUUCUAUGUCUACAAUUCUAUGUCUUGAAACAAAGAAAUUGAUUUGUCUAUAAUUUUCUUUAUUGCUUUGAUCACCAAGUAGAAUUUAAAAGUUUCUCAUAGGAAUAGCUUUUAAUUAGAUGCCAUUGUGUUUUAUUGUCAUCGAUUAGUAUUCAAUUACACUUUUCGUGGCUGCAGAAGGUUUUGGAAUGCUGUUAUGCACGUUUAACAAUGCUAUAGUUGGGAUCCAUUCACCUGAAUCUAACCCAUAAUUUUCACUCAACAGGUUACACUUCUUGUAUGACACUACUAUGCAACAACUUGAAUUUACAUUUUCCUUCACCUUAUUUCAUUUAGUGAAUCUACCAUCAAUCUAGCAGGUUCUCCUUAAUGGCUUAGGUGGUAAUGAUUAUAGUUAUGUUUUCCUCAAAUUGGUUAUAGUUCAUGGAAUAAGCAUUUUUAAUUUAUGCCUAGGAGGAGAUAUUUCUUGUUAUGGAUGUCUUCAUUCAUCUCUUCGUCUGUUACCUGAGAAUCUAAUUUCUUCAACUUUGAAGGUUAUGAGUGCUGCUGAUGCCAUCAAAAGUGUCAUUUCUGUUACCUUUGGUUGUCUGAGAGAGAGCUUGUUUGAUGCAAACUCAAAUUUCCAAAAAUUUUGAGACGCAUGACUGUUGGCAGCAAACCAAUUUUAGAGGUUGAGACUUAGUUUUGGAUAUGCGGACUAUGUGAUUGAUUUCAUUUAUCAGUAUCUCACAGAAUAUUUUCGCUUUCGUGGGAACUGGUAUGACUACAUAUCCUUGACUUUGAUAGCUAUUUACCAGAAUUAAGUUUCCUUAUCUUUCCUAUGUGUCAUGAAGAUGGUUUGUUCCUGGAAACCUUUUCAGUUAGUAUCUUUGCUUAGAGAUUUUAUCAUUAUCUUGUGUUUUAAGUAGAGAUUUUAAAGUUAGUUUUCUUCUUGUGCAAACUUCAAAGUUGCUUCUUCUUCUCUUGUUUUUUUGGGUGUAGUUCUUGAGGUUUCAUUCCAACUUUUGAGAUUGUUGUGGGCUGGAAAUCGAUUGGGUACUAUUUACAAAUUUAAUUUAAUAUUUUCAGAUUUGUUGUAGAGAAAUGGAGAGAAGAUUGGGCGGUGGUGACGGCAGCGACUCUGGCGAUGUGUGUGUGGCGGGUUGCUGGAUUGUGUUUCCUGUGAGGAAGAGAUGAGAUUUUAUUUUGACUUGAAUGAUAGAAAUUAGAAAGGGAGGAGAGGGGAUUUUGUUCUGUGAAAUGGGGUUUGUUUGUAGCAAGUUGCGACUCUUUUCUUAAUAAUGGAAUUUAAAAGAGUCAAGUCCUUUACUAUUGAAAAUGUCCCACGGGUGUGCAUUUGUUAGGAAAAUAAAUUAAUUCUGAGAAGUCUAGGCUUUUCUAACUUGAUAUUGACUUUUUGAAGUUUAUGCUGAGAAUUGUGGACUUUCUUUUCUAUAGCUUGACGUUGAUUUUUUGAAGUUUAUGCUAAAACAAUUGAAAUGUCUAUUCUUAGUGAAACAGCUAUAUAGGAUAAUCGUGUACGUGAUAUGCUUUCUUGGAUAUGGAAAAGUGAUUAUUUUAACAAUAAUGUUCAUGUAAAGAGGACCAAUAAGGUAAUGUGUCUGAUGUGAAUAUUAUGAGGACAAACGGAGAGAAAAAAAAUUCUUAUAGUAUUGUUAUUAAAUUUGCUGGGUAGAACAUUUUUGAGGUCGGGGAAAUUUUUACACACUAUCAAUGCAUAGACUUGUUAUGUCAUAAUUUCCAUUGGAGACAAUUUUACCUAUUUGUAUAUCGUUUGGAGAAAUUAAAAGGUUUAUGUCACUAUUCUUCUAGUUACUAGAGCAAGUGUUCCGAAAUUGGAGUUGGUUUUUGUUUUUUAACAAAAGAAUGAGAUUGCAAAAGCUUUGGAACAGAAACUUGAAAAGGCCAUGUCAGCUUAUGGAUUUGAGAUUGUUCAAACGCUCAUUGUGGACACUGAACCCGAUGAAUAUGUGAAAAGGGCUAUGAGCGAGAUAAAUGCCGCUGAAUCUAAUUAUUUGGCUGGGUUUGUAGUUGGGCUGAGGGACAGUGUGCUUGCUUUCUCUAUGAAUGUACCUGGGACUACGUCAAAGGAUUUCUUGGACAUGGUUCUGGUGACUCAAUAUUUCGUCACAAUGAAAGAAAUUGGCGCCUUGUCAGAGUCCAACCCUGUUUUCAUCACACAUGGACCAGGUACUGUCAAAGACAUUGCUUCACAAAUUAGAGAUGGCCUCCUUCAAGUAAAUACCACUCAGAAUUAGUAACUUUAUCCCAGCAUAAUGUUGCACGAGUGGCUUUUCUAAUGGUAUAUGAAAUGAUUGGUGCUAGUAUCUUAGAUUGGUGUGGUGUGUAUACAUGGUGUUGAACUUGGCCAUCGUAUUGGAAAUAUUUUAUAGUAUGAGACGUAUCUUUGGGGGCAUCCUCAGUCUGGUGUGAUAUGCUAUUUUGUAUACAUGGUGUUGAACUUGGCAGUUGGCAAUUGGCACUUUAUCCCUACUGAACCACCAACUUAGUAGAAGGAGAAAUUAUUAGGUCCACUGGGAGAAGCUGAUGUGGUUCUUCUUAACCUCUUAACAAAAAAAAUGCUGUUAUUUUAUGCAAA